ACUAGCUCUGAAGAUAAGCCCAUGGCGUCCCGACCGUCUACUAAUCUGCACAUGCAGCCCUCUUCUCCACUUCCAAUUACUUUAUCAUCCCAGAGUGGUGCGCAGUGAGGAUCCCGCCUGAAAUUUCCCAUUGCCCACCUGCUCCUUCAUCCGCGCCACAGCCAUUGGGCGUGAUACAAGAGAGCUUCAACAGCUCUUCCCCCUCCCCGGGCUCCUACUGCUAACUACCGCUGGGCGUAGGUGCGGAGGACUCCUGCGAUCACAGACGCGAUGCCUGCACAGCGAGGCCAGUUGCCCUCCAGCUGGCAGGCGUACGAACGCGGACGAGCUGGCUCGGCAGAUUCUACCGUGAGCAGAGUGCAGUUCGACGAGUCGGCCGAGGAGCACCACCACGCCGCUUCCAAUGGCAGCCACAUCCCCUCAGCGUACGACAGCGAUGGACAUCAUGUGCGGCGGCGGAGGUCGUCCAUUGGUAUGGCCGUGGACGCCAUCACGCAGGCGGGCGGAGUGAACUCCAUUGGCAACUUCGCACGAUCAUGGCAGCGUGCAGUCGGCUUUCACGAAGUCACUCCGGUGCGGCAGAGCUUCGUGUACGCGAGGGACGACGAAGAUGAGGAGGGAGAUGAGGAAGAGUCGGAUACGACACCAACCGCCCCAUCCUACCACCGAUCACUGCUCAGACAGCAGCUCGAACAGCGAGAUGGAGGAGCCGUGGACGAUGCCAUUGAUGAUGGGACGGAUGACCGGACACCUACAGCAGAACUGAACCGGACACUGUCCAAGACUACAAGAGGUUCAACGACAGCUGCUACCGAAGACCAGCCACUUCUUCAAAAGAUCAACUCGCGGACUCCAGCGGACGAUAGCAUAUUCAUGAUCGAGCCCCAGCUCGCCUCGCCCUUUGGUGGCAGCUAUGGCAGUACCUGGGGCUCGCUCUCAUCACGAGUCAACGAGUCUUCCAUGCGACAUGCAGGUCGUCUUUUCCGCCAACAGCAGUUGAGAGGAUCAAUGAUGCCGGAUAAGGAACGGGAGCCACUGAUGGUCAAAAAAGUCCAAGAGGACGACGGCAAGGUCGUGCAGGUCAUCGUGGGCCAGUCCACCCUACCCCAGACCAUCUUCAAUAGUGUGAAUGUGCUCAUUGGGGUGGGCCUGCUCGCACUUCCUCUGGCGAUGAAGUACGCUGGUUGGAUUCCUGGUCUCAUCUUCUUUGGCUUCGCAGGAGCCUCGACAUGUUACACUGCCAAGUUACUCGCCAAGUGCGCAGAUAUCGAUAACAGUCUGAUCACCUUUGCCGACCUUGCAUACGUCUCGUUUGGGCCGUGGGCCCGAAUUGGCACAUCGAUCCUGUUCUCACUCGAGCUCGUGGCUGCAUGCGUUGCGCUAGUCGUCCUCUUUGCCGACUCGCUCGAUGCUUUGAUCCCGGUAGAUGGCCUAGGAUUGACGGAAUGGAAGAUCGCCUGCGGAGUCAUCCUCGUUCCACUAAGCUUCCUCCCUCUUCGCCUGCUGUCCUUCACCAGCAUUCUCGGGAUUCUUUCUUGCUUUGGCAUUGUUCUUGCUGUCUUGAUCGAUGGACUCAUCAAGCCGGACACUCCAGGCUCUCUGCGACAACCAGCAACAACAUACCUUUUCCCAGCGAACUGGGGUAGCCUACCAAUCGCCUUUGGAAUUCUCAUGUCCCCAUGGGGUGGCCACAGUGUCUUUCCCAACAUUUACCGCGACAUGAGACAUCCCUACAAAUACCGCCGAGGCGUCAACAUCACCUACAUCUUCACCUUCGGCCUCGACCUCCUCAUGGCAGUGGUAGGCCUCCUCAUGUUCGGCGAUGAUGUCAAGGACGAAAUCACCCGCAACAUUCUCGAGAUGGAUUCGGGCUACCCAGCAUUCUUCUCCGUCUUCAUCGUUGUCUGCGUGGCCAUCAUCCCUCUCACCAAAGUCCCACUCAAUGCCCGGCCUAUCGUCUCCACCCUUGAACUCUUCCUUGGCCUCGACGCACGAAGUAUGGGCGAUGGACAAGUCACGCACGGCUGCUCAGGUCUUACUCGCGGAAUCAUGAAAGUCGCUGUGAGGAUCUUAUGCGUGGUUUCUUUCGUUCUUCUGGCGAUCUUGAUUCCGCAGUUCGACACGAUCAUGAGCUUGCUCGGCGCGAUUGCUUGCUUUACGAUCUGUUUGAUUCUGCCUUGUGCAUUCCACCUGAAGCUAUUCGGCAAGGAACUGACGACAAGGCAGAAGACGCUGGAUUGGGCUUUGAUUGUUGUCAGCAGCAUAUUGGCGCUCGUGAGUACGGCGUUUAACUUUGUGCCGAAGGAGAAAUUGGGGAUAUGAUACAACGGGGAGGUUUGAGUGCGCGGCAUCAUUGAACGGCCUGAGCAAGUUUGCGUGUAUUGUUAUGAUUGUUGGUGUUAUGAAGAGGCGGUUGUAUAAUUCAGUUGAAGCGUUCUGAGCACAGCAUGAUGGAAUGAGAUCCGAAUCUCAACGCAUGUCAAUAUGCAAACUGCUGGGCAGGUUGUUUGGA